GCUGCACAGUGGUGGCUUUGGGGUGUGCUGGGGUGCCACAUACUGAGACUGUGUGUGAGCGUGCAAGUGGGCACGGGGGUGUUUUCCAGUGCCUCUAUAGUAGCUAUGUGUUCCGGGGUCUGUGGCAACCUCACCCUGAACAUGAGCUGUCAGGCUCAGCACCAGCCUGCAGAGAAGCCAGGCCUGGGCAGGAUGGGUCCCUGCUCUAUUCCCUGCUCCUGUCCCUUCCCAGAGCUCCCUCCAUGGCCCUUGGGCAGGGUCAGGGGACACAGGGGGUGCUGCCCAGCUGGGAAUGAGCCGUGCAAGGUGCUGAGCAGUGUGUGUGGGGCACACCUGGCAGAGCACAGAUCCGCUCUGUGGACUUGUGAUGGGAGAGAGGUCAGGACCUCUCGGCUGGGAGCUCUCUGGACUCCCAGGUUUGGUGUUCUUUGAAAAGGUCCCCCCAGCUCUGUCUAGUCCCUGCCCAUGCCUGCAGACACCCAUCUGAGGAAUGCUGCAGCUUGCCCAUCCCUGGGACGUCAGGGGUGUAUGUGGGUGAGGAGGUGACAGGCAGUUUACGUGGUCCACUGGUGUCCUGGGAUGCUCCGCUCUGGUUCUGCAGCACUGUCUCUCGCAUGGGCUGAGUGUGGCAGUGAACACCAGCUCCCCACCAUACACGGUGCUAGGGCACCCGUGAGCUGGACCCAUUGGUUGGCUGUGUGUAGAGAUGAGGAGGGAGAGGGCAGAGGUGAGGGAUGUCUCCCUCUGGUCCUGCGAACCUGCUUGCAGGACAGGAAAGCAUGAUGGGUGGAAGCUUUCAUUGCUGUGUAACUCCAUGCUUUGUCCUUGUGCUCCAGCAGAAGCACUGCUACAUGGAUCAUUCCAGGAGGGAAACUGAGGCAUGGGCUGAGCUGUCUCCUAUGAGCUCCUGUGCAGGGCAUGCUGACUGUGCCCAGCUUGAACUCCUGCUUCCCUGUUCUGCUGGUGAUUUGAGGCAGGAGGGUGUCAACUGAGGUUGAGCUGAGCCCUGGGCACUGUAUGGGGCAUCCUGUGGGUGAGUGGCUCUGUGUUGGGAUGGGGAUGAGAUGUGCGGGUUGUCCCUCUUGGUCGUGAGAUGGCAGGUAAGAGACUUUGCUCUCCAGGGAAGGUCCUAGGCAUUUUCUGGGGCUGGUGAAUGCUGAAUCUUCUCUGGGGGUUGUUUACCAGCCAUGCCUGGGCGGACAGUGACAGCUCAGGGACCACAAAGAGCCUGAAACAGUACGCUAAUGGCUCGGGUCUGCUAAUGGAGGCAGGGCCCAGCCACCCCCUCCAGAGCCAUCAAUACUGCCUGUUCCACUUCCACUGUCCCAUGCCCCCGCUCUCCCUGCCCUAUCCCUGCCAGUCCUCUGCCAGCAGUGGUUUCUUUGCCCAGGCCCUGCUGAUGGUGUCCUGGGGAUGUGCUAAGAGGUGUCGUGCCACCAUAGUGAUGGUCUGGGGAUGGAGCAUCUCCAGGGAAGACCAGAAAAUCCCCCUAGCUCUGCGGAAGGGUUCAGUGAGAGCAUCUUGCAACGAAACCCUGCCUGCCCCUGAGGGGACUAUGGAGGGGAAGGGGACAAUGUAGUGGAACUCCAGGCUUGAUGGGUUCCCAAACUCAGCUGGGUGAGUCCCUGAGCAACCUGUCCUCCAUUUGGAGCUGGCCCUCCUCUGAGCAAAGGCUUGAAUGGGAGCACUGGUUGUAUGCACCCCGUCACCCUGUUUCUUUGGCAGUGUUGCCCCUCAGAUCCCGCACAGCCAGAGCUGCUGUCUGGCAGCAGCGGCAGAGCAUGUCCCGUAGGUGUGCUGUGCUCUGGGAGCUGCAGGAGCGAUCGAUGCUGGAGCUGGCGUUGUUUACCAGCUGGUUAAUCACUGAUGGGCCAUGUCACUCCACUGCUGCCCCUGUGCCAUUGUGCCUCUCCCCUGCCCCAGACAUCUCUCAGUGGAGCUGCACAUGGAGUGGCUCCCAGCUCCCUGCCAAGAGCCCAUUUUGGUCAAGCAUUUGGAUAGAGUCAGGCGAAGAGAAACGCUAUUGAUUUUGGCUCCUGAAGUGUAGCAUCAAUAAUUCAGUGCAGAGCAAUCGGUCCUGGCUGGGAGGAGGAGUGGGCGGGAGGUAAAAGGCAGGAGAGCUGCCUGUGUAGCCCAACCUCAGAUGAAUAUCAGAUGAAGCUGAAGAUUGCUAUCGGCAAGGUAAUUGGUGCCUGCUCGGGAAAGGCAGGGCUGUCACCACCUUGGCUGUGUCCAUAUGUGGGGCAGACAGGUUUGCAAGUGUCUUGGAGAGCCCUAACAUGGGGUGUGCUGGCCCCUGCCCUCCCCAGGAGGCUACUGAUGUAACCCUACAGCUGAAAUUGUGGAGGGAAAGCAGGGUUAGAGAGGGUGCCAAAUGCCUCCGUGCUCUGGGGAGAAACAGGAGGAAGCUGCAGCCUGCCUGGGUGCUACUGGCACCCCAAAGGAUGCUGGGCAGGAGGGUGGUGCCCAUCUCAGGGCAAGGGUCUCUCCAGAAAGGGAAGAAAACAAGCAUCCUUGUGAUGCAGGUGAAAGCAAAGCUCCGUGCCAAGCUCUGCUUUCCUGUGGCUUUCCAGGAACGCCUUUGGUAGGAGCAUGGAGUUUUGGAUGCAGGAGGGACUGGCUCUUCAGGGCAGGUUAGGGCACCAUCCAGCCUGGCAGGUUUGACAGACCUGAGAGGUCAUGGUGAGCUGGCUGUAGGUGCGGUAGAUCUUGGAGCACCAAAAUCCAGCCUGGGACAAGUAUGAGUGAUCCAGGUUGAAUCUGGGUCUCCCUGGGCUGGGGUGCAUCAAGGAUUUCCCUGUGUGCAGCAGGUUUAACCUUUGCCUUUCCUUUUCCAAGGGCUGGUAGGUAUUUCAGCUGUCUGGCCAAGGCUGGUGGCUGAAUCAAGAGAGAGCUGCUGGCUCAUGGUGAGGGCUUGCAAAGCAAGAGGGGAAGGGGCAGAGGGGUAUGGUAGUUGUGGCUAGGCUCUGGGUUUGGAUCCAGCAUAGCCUUACGCAGUGAGGCAUGCUGUAGCAGGGCCACAUCCUGCUAGUGCUAGGGUCUUGGAGAAGAAGGUUUCCUGGGGGCCUUAUACUCUCUUCUGUGGAGCACCUCCCACAUGCUCCGCAAGCAGGGACAUCAGCCCUCGUCAUUGCUGUAGGCACAGGAUGGACUGUGCUGUUUCAGUCUGCCUGGAGACCGUGAAGCUAGGGGAGAAGGGAACUUGGUCCUGGGUCCCCUUGGCUGUGACCUCUGCUGCUGGGGCCAGGGCAGCUCUCGCAGUCUGAGCUCCCCAAAGACUACAGUGCCUGCGGCACACGCCCUGCUAACUCUGCCACUGUGUGGUGUCACAUCUCGCUCAGCCCAGCCAGACGCAAUUAGCUUGUUGAAUCUUUUCUCCCUCUGGCCUCAUGUUAAUCACUUUUCACAUAGCUUCCCUCCCAAUUCCCUCUGGCUUGGCUCGCUCUUACUGUUGCUUUUGUGCCUGGAGAGGUGAGCAAGGAGACCCAGUAGGACACAGGGCAGGGAUCUCGUUCUGCUGCAUCCUGCCUCAGAGAUGGAUUAUGAGCCAGGGGAUAGAGGGACAGUGAGAUUUCUCAGGAAGGUGAGAAAUCACAGGCUGGAGAUAGAGCAGUAAAGCUAGAGAGCAAUGGAGCUUGUUGGCACAACAAGCCCUUCUUUGCUGCCGUUUUGCCAGUGGAGGAUGAAACCUCAGACUCCAAUGAGAGAGGCUGACUGGAGCCAGCCUCGGGCUCUCUAGCACAGGGCUGCAGGGUGCUCUGAGAUCUCAACCGGGUCUCAUUCAGCCCUCCCCUGCAAGGGGCAGGAUGAGACUUUGGGGUGGGGCUCAAGUGAGAAUAGAGGUGCCCUGGGCAGGGCUCUGUGGGGUUGUGAUCCCUAGAGUGUAGGCAGCAAGAGGUGCUUGUCUGCAGCAUCCCCUCCCUGGGAUGCAGGGAAAGGCUUGCUGUGCUGCUGGAGCAGGGUUUUGUUGGAUAAAAAGCAGUUGUUAGAUGAGAGGUAUGUAGAAAACUGUCUCAAAGAAACUUUCUAAAAUCGCUGCUGCCAGGCUGGGGUCUCUGCCGUGCUGCCCACAGGGCAGGGCUUCGUGUGGGCUGUGGGAAACCCCCACCCUGGCUGGCUGCACCACCAUGCUGCCUUCCCUCCAGACCCCAGAGCAGAGUAGGGGUACCUCCAGCAGCAAGCGAGGUACCCAGGGCUGGCAGCCCCCAGCUGCAGCUCAUCCACAUCCUGCGGAUCUUCUAUAUGACUGUGACUUACUUGUUGGUGUGGGUGUUCCCCAAGGAGGUGAAGAGGGAAGAGGUGAGAGUGGCAGGUGGUCAGCAGAUGAGGCUGAGCUCAGAAGCAGGGGGUCCCUUGUGCCAUGCUGUGAGUACAUGCAAGGUGAGGGCACUGCUGGGGGGCAGGUUUGGUGGUCUGGAAUGGGGCAGAGGGCUGUCCCAGGCAGGACUGGUCUCUGGGCUGGGUGGCAGCAGAGUCCUGGGGGGCAAUGAGCAAUGAGCUCAGCUCCAGGGCUGGUGCCACCACGCGCUGUUGUUGAGGUGGGAGUCAGGGGCAGCUGACCCUCCUCCACUCCCCCGUUAGUGCCAGCUCUGCACCCCUCUGCAGCUUUCCAGGGCUGCGGGGUGCUUGUGUCAGUCUGUGUAGGUGCAGGGUGACAACAGUGAGUGCCCCGGGGGGCCUGGGGUGAGAGCUGGCCCCUAGGUCCCUUGGGCACAUACAUGAUCUCUCCCCUUCCCUGCAGCCUGGGUGUCCUUAGGGACCCUGGAGGGUGCUGGGGAGGGGAAGAGGGAGGGCCAAGGUGGGCUUCUUCUCCCCUGCCCUCUCCGUUCCUCUCUUGCCUGCUCUGUUGCUGCCAGAGCAGCUGGGGCUGCAUGUCUGGGGGAUGUCGGUUGCUGGGAAGCUCUGGGACCCUCAGGGGCUGCAAACGGUGGGCAUCAUCCUGCUGUUCUGCUCCAGCCUCAAGCUACUCCACACCCCAGGCAUCAUCGACCUGGCUGGGGGAGGCAACGCGCCGGGCCAAAGUAAAAAAGCGCUGAAGCAGCGAUUCCUCAAACUGCUGCCCUGCUGCCGGCCCAAAUCCAUCCCCUCGCUCAGCGAAAACAGCGUUGAAGAUGAGUUUGAGCUCUCCACCGUCUGCCACCGCCCUGAAGGGCUGGAGCAGCUCCAGGAGCAGACCAAGUUCACUCGAAAAGAGCUGCAGGUCCUGUACCGAGGCUUCAAGAAUGAGUGCCCAAGCGGCAUUGUCAAUGAAGAAAACUUCAAGCAGAUCUACUCACAGUUCUUCCCACAGGGAGACUCCAGCACAUAUGCCACCUUCCUCUUCAAUGCCUUUGACACGGACCACGAUGGCUCUGUCAGCUUCGAGGACUUUGUGUCUGGGCUGUCCAUCAUCCUGCGGGGCACCAUUGACGAUCGCCUGAACUGGGCUUUCAACCUCUAUGACCUGAACAAAGACGGCUGCAUCACCAAAGAGGAAAUGCUGGACAUCAUGAAGUCCAUCUAUGACAUGAUGGGCAAAUACACCUACCCGGCCAUGCGGGAGGAAGCGCCCCGGGAGCAUGUGGAGAACUUCUUCCAGAAAAUGGACCGAAACAAGGACGGUGUGGUAACAAUCGAGGAAUUCCUGGAGUCCUGCCAGAAGGAUGAGAACAUCAUGCGGUCCAUGCAGCUCUUCGACAAUGUGAUUUAGCUCCCGGACCUGCCUCCAGCCGAGCUGUCCUACCACUGGGCCCAGUACCUGCUUCUCUUGACUUUUCCUUCGAGCCUCCCCUCCGCUGGCCACACAGACACCCUUGUGGGAAGGGGCCUCUCUUCCCAGAGAUGUAGUCGGCACUGGGAUCUUCCCUUUCCCCGGGCAGCUCCGCUUUCCUCGGAGGAUCUCAAGCAGGUGCUCCUGGAUGUCAGAGUGUGGGCGCGGCUGGCAUGGGGCGAGCAUUUGGCAUGGACAGAGUUCCCUGCACCCAUUCCUGGCAGGGAAGCCGCCGCCUCGGGCUGUGGUAGAGGCUUCCCCCUGUGCACAGCGUCCCGUGCAGCCACAGCUCCCCAGCCCCUGACCCUCCCCAGCCCCAGGAGUCCCCAGCACUGGCUCCAGCCCAAACCCUCCAGCGAUGCUGUCUAGAAACCAAUAAAGUCUUGCACCAGGUGCUAGCACCUUGGCUUCCUCCCCUAUCCCGGACAUGCCCUGCCACGAGGAGUGUGUCUGGCUUGUCGUCUGUGAGCCGCUGACCACUCUCCUCGCUUGGCUCCUGGGCUGGUGGGUGGGCAGAGGGGCUAUGUCUGGAGAAGGCAGCUGCAUGGGAACUUGGGGUUCAUCGCUGCGUGAGCUGUGGGGAGCAGCUCCUGAUCCUGGGGGUCCCAGUUAAACUUAAGGGACUCAUCCUGAUAUAGAGAGAGGGGAGACUGAAGGGACCCCGAAGUGACUUCUUGUGGCACUGGCUCCCCCAGAUGGAAGAUGCUGGGCUGGGAGAGAUGCACGCUCAGCCCCUGUCCCUUGAGUUCAGGGUGCUGGCACACAGGGGACCUCAGGGACCCACUUUGAGGCUCCAAUUGAGAGACACCCUUCCCGCCCCUCCCUGAGAACGUGACAGCCAGGUAUGGGGACAUGUGGAGGAGGAAGGUGUGCUGGGCUCCAGUGGCCACCCCGGCCCUGGGCCUCACAGCCACAGCUACUGGCAUCAUUUGCUGCUGACCUUCCUCUGCUCCUGUGCCCUGGCUUGUCCCAGCCUGCCUGCUGCCCUGCGGCCAGCAAGUGAGCAAUGAGGCAGAGAGGUGUCCCCUCAGAUGUGGCCCUGUGCUGUGGGCACGUCUGAGCUGACAGGUGCUCUGGGAGAAAGCUGAGGCUGUGGCUGGCCAGGAGUUGUUGCUGUGAGGGCUGGAGGAUUACCCUGGGGCAGGGCAGGCUCAGCCCUUUCUCCUGGCUGUGCCAGGAGAGCUGGCCUGAGGCUUCUGGGGAUGGAAACAACACUCUGAAGCUCCCUGGGUCUUUGUCACCACCAGACAAAGAGCUCCAUCAACCACAGAGCUCCUCAAAGCUGGAUGUGUGCAGCCCAUCCUGCCUGCAUACUUCUCUGAGCAGUAGCAGGGACAGUGAUGCCCAUGGGCUUAUGAACCCAUUCCAAGCCCAAAAGCUCCUCUGUGCAGUCCCACAGGCUGUGGGAAUGUACCCAGCCCUGGCAGCCUCUGGCUCUACUGCUCCAGCUUCUGCAUCCUUAGCAGCCAAGGGCAAUUGGGGCUGAAUUGAGCUGCAGAGUCAGGCUCAGAGAGAGAGCUGUAAAUGCAGGCUGAGCCCCUGGUGUUGGAGCUUUUGAAACCCUUCCAGGGCCCUGAGUCAAAGCUACAGGGCUGCUCCCUCGUGCGACCAUCCCUGGCCCACCCCUUGCAGAAAUGAUGUGGUUUUUAGGUUCAUUCAACGUGUUCAUCUCACAGUUCUGUUCCUGGGUUUGCCGUGGGGCUGAGUUCCCACUUGCAGUCUCCCAAGGGUGGGAAGGCAGGUAUCCCCACCCUUACUUCUCCCUCUCCCUGUCCUCCCUCCUCCGUGGCUCUCUGGGGUACCCACUGUCCCCUGCCACAUGGAGCAGAUGCCACCUUCUCCUCACGCUGCAGGUCGCAUGGUGUGACCCCCCCCCACCCUGGGGCAUGGUGACCCACAACCCGCUUGGCAUCUCCAGUCUGUAUAUUUUGUAUUAUAACAAUAAUACGGAUUUAAAAAAAAAAAAAAACCAAAACAAAACAAACAAAAAACCAAUAAAAUCUA